CGUUUUUCUUGGGCAGCGGAGGGCAUCUGUGGCAUCUGUGGUUUCUGAUGACAAAAAAGGACCUUUGGAUGUCUCUUGUGGCAGCACUGCCAUGAGUGACAAUUGCUUAUAGUCGACUGACAGCAUGAUACAGAGCAGCCACUGAGGCGCAGGUGUAAUCUCCGAGCCUCCAUACAGAAGAGAUCAGGCCGGGUUCCGUUCACAAAAAUCACCCGAAACAUCGAAGCGAUAGAAGUCAGCACGUUCCUCCCAAGCUCAUCCCAAAACAGAAGAAUGAGGCUCGCAAGUCACAGCCAUGGGCCAUGGCCAAUGUAGUGGAGGCACAUGAGGUGAGUCCGACUCGAAGAGGAUCCGGUCUUGCGUGGCCCUCAGCUUCAACUUCAACUUGUCGUCGGAUACCUGUAGUAUGGCUGCGUGGUGGUAGCGGCAGGCACAAACUUGGAGCUGGGCAGGUACCAGCCUGAGAUACAAUGCCAGUGCCAGUGCCAGUCCCAGGUACCUGUACAGUGUAGUUUGCUUGUCCCUGCGCUCGACUUGAACGGCACUGCACCUCACAUCAUCACCAUCCAGCAGCCUCAGUGAUGUCCAUCCACUCCACCCUUUGCCUCCACUACUACUACCUGAGAUUGCAGCAAUAGCCUUUCAGGAAAUUGAACAGCUCCGAAGCAAGCUUAGCUGCAUAUCUUCCUGGCCCAUUGCUCCUGUCCCGCGCCGUGAUCAAGCUCACAUUCUAUCGAAUCAAAGCCGCUAUCCACCUUCCCGUGGCUGUCCCACCAGCCUUCGGCAAAGCCUCUAGCACUUUGAGGCGACUCAGGAAGCACCCUGCUUGCAUUGGCCGCGGUUCCGAGCGUCUCGUCCUCUCGGAACUGAACUUGCCAGACUGGUUCCCACCACACAGCAUGAAAAUGAUGCACCAAUAGAACAUCGGCCGCUCGAAAAGCAAGCAUCAAUCGACACUCUCCAAAGAAGGCGACAAAGCCAACAAGCUCCAUGGAGACCGACCAGGAAGAUCCUGCCGGCGCGCCAGGGGAGGUUAGAGGGGAUUCUAUAACAGAUUCACCAGCAAUGAAAUCAUCAUCGUGCCCCAGAGUCGACUUGCCGUCGGCAAGGGCCGGUCCAGCUGAGAACGAUGUCGAUAUUCCAUGCAAACCCAGCUCCGUCCCUCACACAAUAUGCGACCAAGAUCCUCAGCUGUCGUUCCAAUGCGUUGACGUGCAGUCCGGUGGCGGAACGGAAUAUCAUAAUCUACCUUACAACCACUUCUCUCGGUCCAUCCCGGUUCCUCCUUGUACAAGUAUCCCAGAGCAGCAUGCGCUAGUUAAUGCCAUGGCCGACCCCCCAGUUACCACGAGGUACCUGGAGGAAAUCGACAUUGCUCGCCUCAGUGAGAAUGUAGUCCUACGCAAUGAGAUCAAUUAUGAUCCUAAUCCUCGGUUCAGCUUUGAGGAAAGGGACAGGAAGGAGUACGUUCGGGGAAAGUCGAGAGAAUACUGGCUGAGUCUGAAGGCGGAGCUGAAGAUACUGUACCAACAUGGCUGGCCGCCUUCAUGUGCCGAUUGCCAAGCUAUAUGCUCGCCUGCCCGACCUACACCUCGUCACUUCGAAUCGAGGCUGCCCAACAUGUUUACCAAUCUCAAAGAACUACUCGAUGACUCACUUCCAGAGGCAGAGAAAGACCAGCUCGCACAGUAUCUCGAUGUCCCUUUCCUCCUACAAGAGUUAUCUCAUGGACUCAUGGAUGUUGCCAGGUUUGCCGACUGGGUCAGCCGGCUUCUCAUGAGCCAUUGUGCUCCUUUCAGAGACGCACAUGCGCAGUUCAUGUCUCGAAAGAUCCGUGAAGGCGCAGAGAACAGAGACUUUCAAGUUCUAGUUGAAGGUAUCGAAUCACUGUUCGAGUUGUUGAAGUUGAUGAAGUUGGACUCAGCUCACUACCAAGUCAACAGACUCCGUGGGGCUCUCAUCGACGACACCGUUAAUUUCCAACAGCAUGUUUUUCGAGAACGCUUGGAAGGCGCAUGGCUGGAUGGGCGUGAGCAUUGGGGCUGGCUUCAAGGCCAUGCAGUCAAUCAUCACGCCCGCUGCUCGAUUGCUGGGCGCAGAUUGAACGACUUACCGUAUGUCUCGUUGAUCCAUGGACUCGUUGACACUUGCUUCGGCGGAAACCGUAUACCCGAUACACUCGCCUACGAUGCAGUUCGCCUACAGCGCCUAGGUGCUCAAAUGCACGAACUCACAUGCCUGGAGGUGUGUCUUGACGUCUUUGAAGGCCUAGUUCGCAAACUCAAUCAAUGGAGGUCGAAUUUGGGCCAUAUGCUGCCCGGCCUCCGAAUGAGAUUGCUGAUUUUGACGGAUGGAGUCUCUUCGCUCGAAGUCUCCAAGAUCCAGCAAUGGUGGGAGCACCGAGAAGAAGCAAUUGCGGGAGAACUUACACGAGCUGCAUUUGAAGUCUGUGGAAAGCCUCUUGAUAGCAUCUCUCACGCCGAUACUGCGGACACGGCGCACUUGCUGGCUGCCGCAUUACAGCGAGAGUGGACAGAGCAUGAAAUCGGGAUCAAACUCUGCAGGACUCUUGAAGAGCACGCGUUUUUCUACGUCCAACAGUAUCGAGAAUUGUCACCUAUGUCAAUCUUCAUGGCACAGCAGAGAAUGCGAAGACUCUAUCCACAACCACAAGGAUAUCGAUUGCCCGACAUCGCGCUGAUGGCAAGCCUGCUCGGCCAUAUCAGCGUAAUACACUGGAGAGUGUUCGCCGACCUUAUUUAUUUGCACAGAAAUUAUGGGAAGGAACCUUCUGAUGAAGGAGGAAGCACGGAUGAAUACUACACCAGCCCGGAUGACACCGUUAUGGAUGGUGAUCCGGGCAGCAAUGACCCCUCUGCUGCCGAGAAUGAGAGGCCCCUUAUUGAAACACCACCAUGACCCGAAGGCACUGCUGAUCGCAUAUACACAUUUCCUUUUCUGUGCAGACGGGGACGGGGCUUGUCAAAAGUGCAACAGCCGGGACGCUGGGGCGUGUUUGGGCGGUUUAGGUUUUCGGGUACACAAGCGCAGUGCGACUGUUGGAGGCGUUUCAGGCGUGUUACUAUCGGUGUAUGGUAGAACUACAUCUAAUAUUGGACCUGUAGGCGAGCAAUGCAGUGUGUUGUAGGGGAAGUGUGUCCGCAGGCUGAUGGAGCACGUUCGCAUUCAGGGGUUAAAAAUAAUAGCAGAGAUGUUUGUAAAGUCGCAUAAUGUUGGCAGGUGCGCUAAAAUUGUUGUAUUUGCUCUCGCUCUAUCCACUUGACAGUGUAUAGAGUAGUCCUAUAUAUACUAUAGAAAUCGG